AUCAAAUGGUGCACGUUUGAACAAUUAACAAUAACCAAUCAAAUAAUGUUGAAGGUUUGAAUGGUCAUGUGAAUAUCAGAGAAUCCGAUCGACUCCUGAAGCCUAUUUAUACCUUGAUGGGAUAAACUAACAAAUCACCAACCCAAGGAAGAAACUAACACCAAAAUAAUUAUGAAAAUGUACGAGAAUCCGAUCAAAAUGAUUUCAGAAUGCCCAGGUAAAAGUUCAUGGCCUGAGUUAGUUGGGUUUAAUGGGGGAACUGCAGCAAGAAUAAUUGAAAGACAGAAUCCUAACGUGAAUGCCAUUGUGUUGCUAGAAGGAACCCCAACAACAUUGGACUUCAGAUGUGAUAGGGUUUGGGUUUUUGUCAAUGAAGCUGGAAAGGUUGUCCAAACACCUACUAUCGGGUAGUAAUACUGCUCGAUGAAGUCAUGCAUGCAUAUACAUGGCAGUGUGCACUGUUCUAAUGAAGUAUUUACUUGUAUCGUCCACUACUACUAAAAUUUUAAAUAAAGGAUGAUGUAUUAUGUUUGUGAUUGUCUUAUUUUAGUUUUGAAAGCAGACUAGAUUUUGUGCCCGUGCGACACACCGGGCGGACCCGAAAAUCUUUUUUUCUAAUCAUAUUUUUGGUUUGGUUGA